AGAUGGCGCUAUAGUCCUUCUGCUAACUUUAUUGCAUCUAGUGUAGAAAGUAGGACAUAAAAGUAAGGUUAGAUCCACGCGGUGCGUUCAAGUCGAUCAGUAUGUCAAAGGCCGAUAAAGUUUCUGAUGUUAGCAAAAAGCUUUCGAACAUGGAAAUCGAGGAAACGGGUAAGAAGUUAACGCAUAAGGAAAAGAAGAAAUUAAAAAAGCAGCAAGAAUAUGAAAAAACGGUGGAAAUGUUAACCAAACCUGGUGGUCAGGGUCAUAGUGAAUUAGAAUCAAAUUUUACUGUUUCACAAAGUCAAACGCAACAACGUGGAAAUCAACAAUUAGAUAAUGCGGUAGAUAUCAAAGUUGAAAAUUUUAGUAUUGCUGCUAAGGGUAAAGAAUUAUUUACCAAUGCCAGUUUACUAAUAGCUCAAGGCAGACGGUAUGGCUUAGUAGGACCAAAUGGACAUGGAAAGACUACUUUGCUUCGACAUAUUGCUAAAAGAGCUUUCGCAAUUCCUCCUAAUAUAGAUGUAUUAUAUUGCGAACAAGAAGUUAUAGCUGAUAAUACUCCAGCUGUGGAGGUUGUCUUGAAUGCUGAUGUAAAAUGUAAAGAGUUACAGGUUGAAUGUAAAAAAUUAGAAGAAUUAAUUGAACAAGGAGAUAAUACGGUUCAAGACCGAUUACAAGAGGUAUAUGAAGAAUUAAAAGCCAUUGGUGCUGAUUCUGCAGAACCACGUGCUAGAAGAAUUUUAGCUGGUUUAGGUUUUAGUCGUUCCAUGCAGGAUCGUGCGACUAAAAAUUUUUCUGGUGGAUGGCGUAUGCGUGUUUCUUUAGCAAGAGCAUUGUUUGUAGAACCUACUUUAUUGUUACUUGAUGAACCGACAAAUCACUUAGAUUUGAAUGCUGUGAUCUGGUUAGAUAAUUAUUUACAAGGAUGGAAGAAAACAUUACUUAUUGUAUCCCACGAUCAAAGCUUCUUAGACAAUGUGUGUACAGAUAUAAUCCAUUUGGAUCAACAAAAAUUAUAUUAUUACAAAGGAAAUUAUAGCAUGUUUAAAAAGAUGUACGAACAGAAAAGAAAAGAAAUGAUUAAAGCUUAUGAAAAACAAGAAAAAAGGCUUAAAGAUCUUAAAGCUUCUGGUCAAAGUAAAAAACAAGCUGAAAAGAAACAAAAAGAAGUCCUUACUAGAAAACAAGAAAAAAAUAGAACAAAAAUGCAGAAGCAAGAGGAAGAUACUGGUCCACAAGAAUUGUUGCAAAGACCCAGAGAAUAUAUUGUUAAAUUUAGUUUUCCCGAUCCACCACCGUUACAACCACCAAUUCUUGGUCUUCACAAUGUUACAUUUUCAUAUGAAGGACAAAAACCAUUAUUUAUUAAUGUUGAUUUUGGUAUAGAUCUAAGCUCUAGGGUAGCUAUAGUAGGUCCAAAUGGUGUUGGUAAAUCAACAUUUUUAAAAUUAUUAUUUGGAGAAUUAACUCCGCAUAAUGGAGAACUUAUAAGAAAUCAUCGAUUGAGAAUAGGAAGAUUCGAUCAACAUUCUGGAGAACAUCUUACCGCUGAAGAAACUCCAUCGGAAUAUCUUAUGCGUUUAUUUGAUUUACCAUAUGAAAAAGCUAGAAAACAACUUGGUACUUUUGGACUUAGUUCUCACGCACAUACAAUUAAGAUGAAAGAUUUAUCAGGUGGACAAAAAGCACGUGUAGCUCUUGCUGAACUUUGUCUUAAUGCACCUGACGUUGUCAUUCUUGAUGAACCUACGAACAAUUUAGAUAUCGAAUCGAUUGACGCACUUGCGGAUGCAAUAAAUCAUUACAAAGGAGGUGUUAUUAUCGUAUCUCACGACGAACGCCUUAUCAGAGAUACCGAAUGUUGCUUAUACGUAAUAGAAAAUCAACAAAUCAAUGAAAUUGAUGGAGACUUCGAUGAUUAUAGAAAAGAAUUGCUUGAAAGUUUGGGAGAAGUUGUAAACAAUCCAAGUAUAGCUGCAAAUGCUGCUGUUUUGCAGGAUUAACUAUAAUAUAAAUUUGUCAUGGAGGAGAAAAUAUUUUUCAAGUCAAAAGCAUCUUCGGAUCAUCUGAAUAAUUCAAACAAAAGAAGAAAAUUUCCGCUCCGAUAAAAAAAAUGAAGCAUUUAA